AUGAUUUUACAGUAUCAUAAAGAAAUACGUGUUAAAAACACAAAAGAAUGUAUCGAGGAGCAUUCAGAGACAAAUCCACAUAAAGAGGCGUUUGUUUUUAUUUCAACAGAUGCCGGAAGACAGAGUCUUACAUGGUCAACGCUUUACGAAAGAUCAUGUGCCGCAGCAAGAUCAUUUAUACAACUUGGUGUGAAAAGGAAUGAAAUAGUUGCUAUUAAUCUUCGGUUUUAUGUGACGUUCGGGGUGAUGAUAGCAGGCUCAAUCCCGGUAAGUGUUUCAUUCACCUAUACAGAUGGCAGUGACUUGGUAGCGUUGAUGCAGAAACUACAACAUUGUUCACUUCUCAUUAUGAAUCCUGGACUGGACAACGUGAACUGGAACAUUGUACAGAAGCUACUUGAUGAGCAUAGUGGAAAUGGAGCAGUUCAUUCUCCGAAAUUGCCAUAUCUUAAGUAUCUGGAUGAACUGCCUUCUGACUGGCCAGUAUCGGGAUUAGUCACGGGAGGCCAGCCAAUGACAAAAGCCUUAACGGAAAGCUUUGGAAAAGCAGGGAAGUUUCUUUGCUGUGUUUAUGGGACAUCAGAAACGAUAUUUUUAACCCAGAUUUUGAUAACGGAAGGCGAUAGUUUUACUGAAUAAGCAUGUGGUACACCGUUAAAGAUGAAAGGGAUUGAAAUGAAAAUUGUUGAUGAGAAUGGCAAAGCAGUACCUGUGAAUUCAAGCGGUGAAAUAUAUGCUCGAUCACGUGGAAUGUUCAAAGAAUAUUUCAACGAUUCUGAGAAAACUAAAGCUGUAAUUACUGCCGACGGAUGAUAUAGGACGCGUGACUGAGAAAGUGUUUUUUUUUUGUGGAAGGCCGAAAAUCUAAUAUGAUAAUUUCGGGAGGAAUGAAUGUUGCCCCCGAAAUUUUAGAGCAAGUGAUGAAAACAUUUCCUGGAGUAGAGUCAGCCGUCCUUGGUCCCGUACCAGACGACGUUUACUAUCAGGUUGUGUGCGCAUGUGUAAUUAAAAAGUCAGGA